CUUUUAAUAUAAGAGUCAAUACAACGCAUGUCUCGACACUAACGCUAUGUUUGUGUUUUGGUUUUCAUCACUAAAGAAGAAGAAGUCAUUCAAAAAAAAAAACAAAACAAAAAUAAAAACAAAAACAUUUCGUUUGUCAACAUAUUCUUCUACAUUGACUUCAGUGGUGUCAAAGACUUUCUCUCUCUUUAGUGAAUACAACACCAAACAGUGUCAACAUUUUGUGAGUCAGUGAUGGCUGACGACGACCAGAAAGACGGUAGGAUUGAGUUUGGGAUCACAGACUGGGAUAUCGACAACGAGUUUGCCGGUGCAAGAGGUCGACAACAGACAAAGUCGAAAAAACAGCUUAAGAAGGAAGCCAUUUAUGGUGUGUUCGCCACCAGUGAUAGUGAUGGCGAUGACGGUAAAGAUGAUAACAUCCGCGGUGGUGGUCGCGGCAGUUCUCGCGAGUCGACCCGUAAUGAACCACAAAAAGCAUUUAGUUAUCUUAACUUUGAAAAGGCCACGAAAAUCAGUGAAGAAGUUAAACAAGAGUUUAGUGAAGAUAAUAAAAAUGAUAUUUUUGUCGAUGAAAUGCUCGCCGACGACAGCGAGAGCUUAAAAUUGAAAAGAAAACAAGAUUUAAGAGACGAGAAAAAAGGUUUCACAAGAGAUGAGAGAUAUUUUUCAGGAGUUGGAUUCGGUGGUCAAACAGAUAACGAGUUCGGUCGCUGGGAGUCGUAUACAAAGGGAAUCGGAGCCAAAUUGUUGGCCAAAAUGGGUUACAAACCGGGAAAAGGUUUGGGUAAAAAUCUUCAGGGAAUCGCUGCGCCGAUUGAGGCCAAGCAAAGGCUAGGCAGCGGCGCUAUUGGUCUCUAUGGACCCGAACACAAGCACCGUGUGAUGACCGAAGAGGAGGAAGCAGAUGACAAAUUGAAAACACAAAAGAAGAUGAAAGUCGAAAACAAAUGGAAACAAACUGAAAGAGCGGUAAAACGGGCAAAAAAUUUGGUCAAAAGUGCUGAUGAUAUCAUUGCUGAGAAUCUGGUAAAACCGAUUGAUACGAAUGAGACAAGUAAGAUGAAAGUGAUUGAUAUGACGGGACCCGAACAACGAGUGCUUAUCGGUUACCAUCAGAUCAGUCAAUCGGCAAAUCCGUCAUUUGAAGAUGAAAUGAAUGAUGAUUUGAUUGAUUCACUAAAAGACGGCACCGAAAGUGAAAUUAUUCAGAAUACUAAAGAAUUGAGACAAGAAUCGUAUCGAUUGAAGACUUUAGAGGAAGAGAUCGAAAGAAUUAGCGAAGUUAAUGAAGAAGAGACUAAAAUAUAUAAAAAUCUUGAGUUUAUUUACGGAUUAAUCGAUGAUUUAUCGACUAAAUUGAAUGACAAUAAAUUGACAUUUGAAGAGAUAUUUGAAAAAUAUGAUCAGUUAAGAAGUGACUAUUCGGUUGAAUUUUAUUCAUUAGAUUUACAAGACUUAAUUAUACCGACAGCCUUUCCAUUGGUUAGACAAUUGCUUACAGAUUGGCAACCAUUGACAGAUAGUGAAGGCUCAAGAAAGAUAGAUAUGUUUAUGAAGUUAAAGAAAAUGUUGGACACAACUGAUGACUCUAUUUUUGAAAUAAUUCUUUGGGAACUAUGGAUGCCUGUUGUCCGACGAAGUCUACUCGACUGGUCAUCCAUUAGACAGUGCGAUGAGAUCAUUGCGUUUCUCGAAUCGUGGAAACCUAUUCAGCCGAUUUGGUUGUUCGACAAUAUUAUCGAACAAAUAGUUUUACCAUUGCUUCAGAAAGAAGUAGAUGAAUGGAAUCCAUUAACUGAUACAAUGCCUAUUCAUUCGUGGUUACAUCCGUGGCUGCCGCUGAUGGCCGACAGAUCAUUGGAACACAUUUACGAUCCGAUUCGCCACAAACUGGCCCAAGCGUUGAUCAAUUGGCAUCCCAGCGAUAGUUCGGCGAAAUUGAUUCUCGAGCCGUGGAAAGGUGUGUUCAGUUAUGGCUCGAUGGAAGGGUUUCUCAAUACAAAUAUUGUGCCAAAGUUGGAACUGGCCUUACAGUCGCUUAUUAUUAAUCCACAUCAACAGUGUCUGGAUAUUUGGCACUGGAUUAUGUCGUGGCAGGAGAUGCUAUCGACAACAAUGAUGGCCGCCAUUCUCGAUAAAAAUUUCUUUCCCCGAUGGCUUAAUGUCUUAUACAAUUGGCUAACAAAUAAAGCCAAUUUAGACGAAGUAAGUAAAUGGUAUACCGGCUGGAAAUCAAUGCUAUCGCCACAACUUCUUGACCAUCCGAUUGUUAAAGACAGUCUCAGACGAGCUCUGGACAUAAUGAGUGCCUUUACUAAUAAUACUGGUAUUCCUGUUAAACCUUUCCAUGCAUUCUAUGCUCCAAUAAAACCACCGCCGCCUCCGCCAUCACAGACUUCCUCCUCAACAACAAGUUUAUCAUCCGAUACAUCCAUUAAUUUUAGACAAUUAGUCGAACGACGAGCUGAAGAUAAAGGCAUACUGUUUAUGCCAAUUGCCAAUCGUCUAUACGAAGGCAAACAAGUGUACAAAUUUGGUAAACAAAUCAUUUUUAUCGACAGACAAGUCCUAUUCAUUAUGAAUAGUAAUGACAACAAAUGGAUACCGACUUCACUUCAAUCGCUGAUUGAUUCGGCCUUUUAAUUAUAAUAAUAAUAAUUCAUU